GCUCCUGAUAUGAAUGCCAAGUUCAGGAAUUCUAGGUACAACCAAUCACCUGUGAACCCUUCCAAUGGAAGUUUGAUAUCAGGCCUGACAAGUAUGAGUUAUUCUCCAAGUAACGUUGCUAGCUCUACAACUCAUUCUAACUAUCUGAAGCAAUUUAUGAAGAAUAACGAGAACAAAGGGCAAUAUACUGAAAAUCAAGAACAAAACCCAGCCAUUAAUAUUGACAACCAGAAGGAGGGAAUCUUUUCAAAAUUUAUGUAUGGGAACCCAGAAAUGAUAAAUCAUAUUAAAACAAACACAAGAACAGAAGCUAUCAACGAAUUAAACAAAGUGUAUAAGGACUCUGAAGACGAUACUGACGAAAUCAUCAAUAUAGAAGUUAAGAAUAAUCAUGCUUCUUAUCCUAAUAAUUACGAGGAGGCUGAGGAAAACUAUCAUUCUUAUAAACCAGUCCAGAAUGGAGAGAAUAGGAGAUAUCAAGAUAACUAUCUGCAUGAAGGCCAGGAUACAAUCACCGGACUUUCAGAAAUCAAACAGAAUACAAUCAACCAAAGCGAGCUUAAUUUUGGCCAGUUUGGAGGAACCCUAGCUUCUUUAGUUAAUGUAAUGAAUGAAGUUAAACAAGAGACAGGAAAAGAAACAUAUUGACUUGAAAGAGAGAGGAUGCAUAAUGCUGAUCCCCUUCAUUUUCAAGAUGAAAAGCCAUACUUCGGAGCACCUACAUCACAAAUUAAUAAAGCUAAAGCUCCCACUUUUUAUGAGAAAGAUGAUUCUAACAAAGAAAUAGAACAAGAAGGAGAUUAUAGAGAGAAACAUAUAAAUCACACGCAUUCUAGAAAAUCAUUAGAAGAGAAUAAGAGUAUUGGGAUGGGUAGUCAGAUAGCUUCAAAGAAAAAUCUUGACCUUGAUGAGGAAAUUAUAGAUCCAGAUGAAAACACUGAGAGUCCUAAUCCUAGCCAGAAGAACUACAAUACAGAGUUAUUGCCUAUUGAUGAGGAGGUUCCCUUCUCUACUAAAAAUGCAGAUUCAAGAUCAGCAAAUGGAAAUCCUCCGAAGGUAGGGUUCAAGUCUCCAAGAGGUCCCAAGUAUAGUCCAUAUUAUUCAUUAGCGAGUCAUUCUGAUAGCUUGAAUGAAACAUUUUUACUGUGAUUUCUGAUGACACCAAGGCUCUUGAGACUUUAUACUGAUAAUGAGAUCACUCUUCCUUACAUUUUUCGGCUUUCUCCAGGCCCGAGAAUGCAGAAAAUGUUUAUUGACCACUACAUAUUCGAAUUCCUUGAGCCUGAAUCUCUUACUCCAGUAGGGUCGAUAGACUUACUAGAUAUCAAAGAGGUAUUGCCAGAGGAUAAAAUUACCCGUAAUAAGCUUCUUGAGAUAGAAAAUGACCCAACCUCUAAUAUUUUCCUGAUUGAGACUAACACUAAUUUGGAUUGAUCCUAUUACAUUGCGGGACUUAAACUGUACUCUGAGAAAGUUCAACCAAAGAAAAAAAGCGAUGGUGUAUCAGAUAAGAGUCUGAAAAUAUAUUUGUUAUUCAAAUCGAUUGAGCACUCGAAUAGCAGCUAAAUAGAUCCCAGUGUGCUCCCCCAUGAAGUUAUACUUAUAUAUUUUUUAAAUGAACAGGUUU